UCCCUGUUUAAUGCUUCUUAUGUGGUUGUCCAAAUGCUCAAGUCUAAAAUGAAACCACAUCCUUCCUUCUUCCUUCAUACCUGUAUACAACAUACACAGCUUUUAGUGUUUGUUUUGUGACAGAGUUCAUAUGUUGACCAGAGGUGUUCUAUUACAGGUGAUGAUAGGAUUUGAAGACCUGGCUGUGUAUUUCACCUGGAAAGAAUGGCAGAACAUGAACAAUGCUCAAAAAAUCUUGUACAGGGAUGUGAUGCUGGAGACCUACAGCAUCCUGUUCUCCUUGGGGCACUGCAUGACCAAACCUGAUUUGAUCUUGAAGUUGGAGCAAGGAGUAGAACCCUGGAUGGUGGAAGAAUGCUUGCAUCAGAGCCUUCCAGUUGCUGUGAAAAGGGAUGACCUGAUUAGGACCAACCAGGAAUGUCAGGACAAAAGUCUGAAUCUUAAUGUUAUGAAAAAUAACAACACAUCAACUCCAAAGAGAGUUGAAUUAAGAAAAACAUUUAAUUUAUGUUCAAGCCAUAUUCCAAAACUAAAUAUCAGAAAGGGAAAUUAUUUAAGAAUGAAACCUGAAGAAUGCAAUGUAUGUCACAAUGUGUAUCCCCAAAGGGGGUCUGAUCAACUACAAGCUGAAGAGAAAUUUGAUGCCACUAAGGUACCUGGGAACUCUCUCCAGUUCUGUGAGCCUCUUAAUCAGUGUCACAAGAUUCAGACUGUGAAUCAGACAUUUGAGCAUAUUGGACAAGGGAAAGCUUCACAAGGAAGAUGUUCUUUAAAUCUGAGAAGGUUCAUAAGGGAGAAACCU